UCUCUCUCUCUCUCUCUCUGCCCCCUCCAUUUUUGCAGCAUUUGGGUUUUUUUUUUUUUUGGGAGGUCGCUUUGGGUUCAUCCCCCUUUCCCGGUUUCAUUCAAGAUUGUCGAUUUCCAGAUUCAAAGUUGACGAACGCAGCUACGUGGCUGCUGGGGUCAUCGUGCCCAGAUUCGGUGUUCGGGUGUCGGGCUCCGCCGGUGUGGGGAAAAUCCGAUUUCGGUGCAGACGAUGUUGUCUGGUUAAGGUUGACUAAAUGUUCAGGGAAGGAAUCGGUGUGUUUGGAUUGAGAAAGGUGUGAGGCUAUAGCUGAUAAGGUAUUGGUUACAACCACAAGGAAGUAAUAAGUCGUGGUUUCAUUUCGAUGGAGCCGCUUCUGAUUGCCACUGAUGCAAUGGAGUAUGGCUCGGACCUUGAGGUUGAUGAUAUUAGGGUUGAUAAUAUGGGGGAGAGGGAUGUGAGUGAUGAAGAGAUCGAGGCUGAAGAGUUGGCGAAGAGGAUGUGGAAAGAUCGAAUCAAACUCAAGAGGAUCAGGGAAAGGCAGAAGAUUGCCGCCCAGGAAGCAGCGGAGAAGCAGAAGCCCAAGCAAACUUCAGAUCAGGCACGUAGGAAGAAGAUGUCCAGGGCCCAGGAUGGUAUCCUUAAGUACAUGCUGAAGCUGAUGGAAGUGUGCAAAGCGCGGGGAUUCGUAUACGGCAUAAUCCCUGAGAAGGGCAAGCCAGUGAGUGGAGCUUCUGACAACAUCAGGGCUUGGUGGAAGGAGAAGGUGAAGUUCGACAAGAACGGGCCUGCAGCCAUCGCCAAGUAUGAGGCAGAGUGUUUGGCCAUGGGAGAGGCGGACUGCAACCGCAAAGGGAGCUCUCAGAGUACCCUUCAGGACCUGCAGGACGCUACCCUGGGCAGCCUGCUGUCAUCCUUGAUGCAACAUUGCGACCCGCCUCAGAGAAAGUACCCAUUGGAGAAGGGUAUCCCGCCUCCAUGGUGGCCCACAGGAAACGAGGAUUGGUGGGUGAAGUUAGGACUAACAUAUGGGCAAAGUCCUCCAUACAAGAAGCCGCACGAUCUCAAGAAGAUGUGGAAGGUCGGUGUUUUAACAGCCGUGAUCAAGCACAUGUCCCCUGAUAUCGCUAAGAUAAGGAGGCAUGUUCGCCAAUCAAAGUGCCUGCAGGACAAGAUGACAGCAAAAGAGAGUGCCAUUUGGUUGGGAGUUCUAAGCCGAGAAGAGUCACUUAUUCAGCAACCGAGCAGCGAUAACGCAACCUCAGGCAUAACCAAGUCCCCACCCGGUGGCUUCUGUCAGAAAAAGCGGGCUACUGUUAGUAGCGAUAGCAACUAUGACGUUGAUGGUGGUGUUGAUGUGGGUUCUGUCUCGUCUAAAGAGAACCCAAAUACUCAACAAGUGGAGAGUUUGCCUAGUGCACAAAAUCCUGGAACUAACCCUAAGGUUUCCCCAGAUAAAGAGCAACAAGGAAAGCGGCCAAAGAGAAAAAGGUCCCGCGUGCAAACAGGCUCUUCUGAUCAGCCACGUGCUGUUGUGCCCAUCAAUGCCCAUGUGGGUCCUGAGCAGAGGAACGGAUUCCCUGACAUGAACCAUGCUGAUGUGCCGUUACUGGAUUACCAGAUGCACGGAGCGCAACAGGAAAACAGUGCUGUCGCAGGUGUAAGGUUGCUGCCAGGAAAAGAUAUUGCAGGGCAUUCCCAGUCCCAAGUACCAGGAUUCGAGCACAACCACUUCCCUGCCCUUCCUUCUACUGAUAUAAUCCCGACGCAGAGCAUGUAUGUUGGUGGAACUCCUUUGGUGUAUCCCCCAACACAAAAUUUCUCAUAUGGUUCAGCUGGCUACAGUAAUUUCUACGGUGGGCCUGGAGAAAGCAGGACAGAUCAAAUUGGGCAGCAGCAGCAGCAACCUCAAGUGGAGCUUAAUGUGCCCCAGAUCAAUAGACCUGAGAAUGAUGGAAGUGGAACACAUCUCACAGCUAUGCAGAGAGUCGGGAAUGAGAUUCCUGGAGUGGAGCUGCAGCCAUAUGCGAAAGAAAUGUUUCAGGUUGAUAAGGAUACCGGGCCUUUCGAUAACUUUGGGUCCCCUCUCAAUAGCCUUUCGCUGGAUUUCAGAGGUCCCGACAGCCCAUUCCCUUCGGUUGAUGCAAUGGCUGCUUUUGAUGACAUCAUGCUGGAGGACGACCUGAUCAAAUACUUUGCAGCAUAGAAGUUAUCAAUCCAUAGAUUAGAUUGGACUGUAGAAAGGGCAGAAUUGUUGCUGACAUGGCAGAAUGAUAGUUUGCUAACCUUUGGAUGGAUAACGGUAUAGGGGUCAGUCAAGUCAAGUUAUAAUCUGUGUUAUCUCUAGAUGGCCCGGAAGAAUGAGGAAGAAGAUCAUUACUUGUUGACCAUGCGGGCCUGUGGUUCUUCGGCUCUGUUUCGAGCCAGUAGGUGAGUAAAUUGAGGGAGUCGUUUGUAAAUGGGUCAAAUUGUUGGAAACAAAGGGUAAAUGGAAAGGUCCAUUUACAAGCAAAUAACUCUGUUUGUUUGUUCACCUUCAUCAACAUGUGCAUAUUUGUAUUGGUUAGGUUUUCAUGUACUUGUUCUAUGCCUCAUUUAUUAUUCAUCAGUUAUUGGUUUAGAUUAAGGAGAUGAUGGUGUCACUGCACCUAAGCAGCUUUGCCAAUGAUCGGGGAGUUUUGUGGUACUUCGUGUUGAUAAUUCUGACGGAAAAAUAAUCAUAAGCAAGCAUUUGUUGUUGCGAUUUUUAAUGAGGAAUUCGUUUUUUUCAUCACA